CAUUCGUCCCGUUCUGUUAUUGCUUUUUCGAAAAAUCAAUGGGGAAACGUCCUUACAUCAAAAUAUAUUAUACCCGCGAUUCCAAUCCAAAUAUUUAAUCGUGAUAACUCUACAAAAUCAUCGACUUCUGCUGUCGAGUUUAAACUUACUCACCCUCGCAAAAAAGCUCCUCCGUUACCUUCAUUCGAGCCGCUAACUCCGUCGGCCGAGGAAGCUGUUACUAAUAUUCUAUACAACACUCCCGCUCCUUUUCCAACCCCUCCGAAAAGACAUGUUCUAAAUUGUCUUGUACAGAAUGAACCUGGUGUGCUUAGUAGAGUGAGCGGGAUUCUUGCAGGAAGAGGGUUCAACAUUGAUUCAUUAGUUGUGGCUAGGACCGAGGUUUCUGACUUAAGUAGAAUGACUAUCGUGUUACGUGGCCAUGAUGUGAUCAUCGAACAAGCAAGAAGACAGCUAGAAGACUUGGUUCCCGUAUGGGCAGUGCUCGAUUAUACACAAACAUCAAUUGUCGAACGUGAACUAUUGUUGGUUAAAGUAUCCAUCUUAGGACCGGAGCAUUUACAUGGGCAAUUGAUUGCUAUUAAACAUGAUGAAUAUGACGAUGAAUUUAUGCCAGAGGCAGACUUGGAAUCUGAGUCCCCCGAUGCCACAUCUGUACUACAAGAUGACCCUAUCGAUAAGAUUUCACCAUUAACACCAUCAGCGGCGUUACGGCAAAAGCAUGCACAUCUUCGCGCGAUAAUUGAUCUUUGCAACCUUUUUAAAGCUCAUGUAAUUGAUGUCGCAAGUGAUAACGUUGUAGUCGAAUUGACCGCUAAACCUACUAGACUUGACGCAUUUAUAAAAUUGUUAAAACCUUUUGGUAUUUUGGAAUCUGCAAGAAGUGGUAUGAUGGCGCUUCCACGCACUCCGCUUGUGGAUAAAAGAGCUGCUGCUAUUGAAGAAGAAGAAGAUGUUGGUGUGGAUGCUACUAUGCUACCACCUGCAAUGAGUUCUGAAUCUUCUGCAGUGGACAACGUUGAUGAUUCUAUCUCGCAACUUCAACAGAGUUCACAAGAACAGUUCUCAUAUUAUCAAACUCUACAAAAAGUGUGGUUCAACGCGAAACAAGAAUUGGGUUAUAUACCCAAUGGAUCUGAAGGCAAUUUUUUUAAAACAGCGAAAUGGUCUCCUGACGGAACAUGCAUCCUAACUUCUUCUAAUGAUAAUAUAUUGAGAUAUUUUGGUAAUAAUCUUAAUAAACUUAAUAUGAUUGUCAUUAAUAUUGCAGAACAAGACAUGGAGCCGGCUAUAUACAGUCAUUCGGGGGAAUCUGUGUACGAAUGUUGUUGGUACCCGCAAAUGUCUAGUCAAGAUCCGAGCACGUGUUUCUUCCUCGUGUCUAGCCGAGAACAUCCAAUUCAUCUAUGGGAUGCGUAUACCGGAAAGUUGAAAUGUUCUUUUACUAUUAUCAAUCAUCGUGAACAAGUUAUUGGACCAAAUUCUUUAACAUUCAACUUGGAUGGUUCUAG